CAGCAAAAGCAGAAGCGCGACGGAUGUGGGGAGCAUCUAAAGAUAAGUACAGAGAGCUGGCACAGCACGGGUGCAGUGCAAUCUAAAGGCCCGUUGAGCCUAAACUAUGAACCCAGAGGAGCAGACGGUUACGUGGCUAAUAACGUUAGGCGUGCUUAAUUCCCCUAAAAAGAAUAUUGCUGAUCCAGAGGACUUUUUGAAGACAUCUUUGAAGGAUGGGGUCGUUCUGUGUAAGCUUGUGGAGCGUCUGCUACCUGGACCCAUCUUAAAGUAUUCAUCUGAUCCCCGAUGCGAAGCGGACUGCAUUGCAAAUAUUCGGGAGUUUCUGAAAGGAUGCCAGUCUCUAAAGGUUGAGGGCUUUGAACCAGAGUGCUUAUAUACUGGGGACAACUUUGGAAAAGUCCUGUCAACGCUCACAGCAAUAAACAUUGCCACUCAAGAUUGUACCCCUAAUAGAUCAUGUCCCCAGUCCAGCACUUCUGCUCCUAGCUUGUCCACCGUCUCGCAAGCUGUUCCUACCUCACAGUCCAGCAGGCACCUGCGGAGGCAAUCAAAAGCAGUGGAAAUGUCGGAGAAUGGAGGUGGCGGGCAUCUGCUGGUAAAGGCACGCUUCAAUUUUAAACAGAACAAUGAGGACGAGCUCUCUUUCAGCAAGGGUGAGCUCAUCCACGUCACACGCCAGGAGGAUGGUGGAUGGUGGGAGGGAGCCCUUAAUGGCAAGACCGGCUGGUUCCCUAGCAACUAUGUACGAGAGGUCAAGCCAUGUGACAAACCAAUAUCUCCAAAGGCGAUAAAAGGAUUUGAUGUCCCUCAGCUAACUAAAAAUUAUUAUAACGUGGUCGUUCAAGACAUUUUGGAGCAUGAGAGAGAGUUUGUCAAAGAACUUCAAACGUUACUUGGCUGUUACCUGCGCCCUCUACCGGCUAGCGACAAGCUGUCUAACACAGACUGUUCCAGCCUGAAUGGGAAUUUAGAGGACAUCCUUUCUUUCCAGCAGGGCUUGUGUCUUGCCUUGGAAGAGUGCUCCAAGAUGCCAGAGGGCCAGCAGCGGAUUGCAGGCUGUUACUUGAACCUGAUGUGUCAGAUCCGAACGCUCUACUUGUCUUACUGCUCUAGUCAUCCCUCUGCAGUAUGUGUGCUUACUGAUCACAGUGAGGAGCUUGACAAGUUCAUGGAAAGCCAGGGCGCCACAGCUCCUGGUAUCUUGACACUGACCACCAGCCUGAGUAAACCCUUCAUGAGGCUGGACAAAUACCCCACCCUGCUUCAGGAGCUCGAGAGACAUGUGGAGGAAGCCCACCCGGAUUACAGCGACGUUCUGAAAGCAACAAGUGUUUUUAAAAAUCUUGUGACUCAGUGCCAAGAUCUGCGCAAAAGAAAGAACCUGGAGUUGCAGAUCUUGUCAGAGCCGGUGCGAGGCUGGGAGGGCGAGAGCAUGAAGUCACUGGGUCAGGUGGUCUACAUGUCACAGGUCCACAUGCAGAGCACAAGCGAGGAAAAAGAAGAGAGGUACUUCAUGCUGUUUCCUAAUGUGAUAGUCAUGUUGUCUGCCAGCCCGAGAAUGAGCGGUUUUAUCUACCAGGGACGGCUUUCAUUGACAGGAACCACAGUAACCAAACAGCCGGAGGAUACAGAAACGGGCUACUAUGCCUUUGAGAUCACAGGAGGGACGUUAGAUCGCAUCACCGUGUUCUGCUGUAGUUCACAGGAACUGCAGGAGUGGUUAGAGCAUCUUCACGCUUACAGCAAGGAAGGAAGCCCAGUGGGCACAAUACUGAAGAACGUUGAGGGUAAGUCUACCACCACGUCUGGUGCGGCAUCCCACCACUUGCCCGGUUUCGGUGCUCCUGUGGCUAACCGAGGCCCUCUCGAACCCCCCAAGAUCACCAAGCCCUGGUCCUUAAGCUGUCUGAGGCCAGCGCCGCCCCUCAAACCUUCCGCUGCUCUGGGCUAUAAAGAGAGGAUGUCUUAUAUCCUGAAGGACUCCAGCAAAAGCCCCGGACCCAUCAAAAAGUUUCUCCCCAGGAAAAAAACUGAGAGAAAACCGUCAGAUGAUGAAUUUUUGCUUAGAAAAAGCACAGCUGCUCUGGAGGAGGAUGCCCAGAUACUCAAAGUGAUUGAGGCUUACUGCACUGGAGCUAGUGUUCACCAGACCACCACAGCUGUUCGUAAGGAAUGUGUCCCUCAAGUGCUGCUGCCAGAUGAAGAGAAGAUCAUUAUUGAAGAGAUGAAGAGCAAUGGACAGACAGUCAUUGAAGAGAAAAGUCUUGUUGAUGCAGUGUAUGCUUUAAAAGAUGAGGUCCAUGAAUUAAAAAAGGAGAAUAAAUGGAUGAAACAGUCUCUGGAAGAGGAACAGAAGUCCCGGAAGGAGCUGGAGCGUGUGGUCAGGAAGUUGGCUAAGCAGAAGAAUGACUGUUCGUGGGAAGAAGCAGGCCACUAAACAACGUGUUUCUGUGUGUGUGUGUGUGUGCGUGUGUGUGUGUGUGUGUGUGUGUGCGUGUGUGUGUGUGUGUUUUAUUAUGUGUUUUUCACCGACCUCCACACGAUCAACAUUUUUUGGAAAGUCGCCAAGUCGGGGAUUUUCCACAGUUACUCUAAACAUUUUUUUUAGGAUGGAGAUGCGAUGAUCAUUUCAACUCUGAUUUCUCCCGAUGCGGAUAAUUAUCACUGUCGUUUGCUUCGAGCUCCUGUGAUGUGAUCUGUACAAACCAGCUAUGGACGAUGUGAAAAAAGAAGUUUUACAGAUUAAUGUUGUGGAUUAGGACCACCUCAGGAAACUGAUGGAUUUCUAUCCUUCGGUUAGCCAGUCAUCGUGUAACAUAAGCACUCCAAGAUAUACAGUUGGGACAGAAUGAUGGCGCCUCUUCUUUUCAAAUGAAAAAAAAACUGAUUUCAGUCGUGGACUUCGGUGUGUCAUCUGCUAAACGAUAAAUCGAUUCCAUAAAGCGUUCCCACAUGUGCCGCUCUUGCACAAGUGAAAUAUAUUCUAUGAAAGACAUAGGAGUGAUGGAGAAGGUAUUUGGACUUUGUAGAACGUCAAGUAUUACACAAAAUCUGUCCCAUUUCUGCUUUUAUAAUGUGAAAAAGGUUCUCAUGCUCGAGGAUCUUUUAGGUGGACACUUUUAGAUUUGUGCACAUGAACGACAUGAGAUGCCCUAUUUGCCAUCUUGCAGUUUUAGUUAAAUUUUUAUCAUUUUCUUUAUGAGCUUCAUUGCACCAUUGCAGGUUUAGCUUUGACGUAUUUAAAACAUUGUGUUACCCAAACAAUCACUCACAUCAGCAUUUGGUGUACAGUAUUUCUAAAACAGCCAUUGUGUCACAUUAUCAUGCUUUGAUAAUCAUUCUCAUACUAGUCUAAAGCUAUCAGGGAUAUAAUUGUCAGAAAUAUUGUCACAUUUACAAUACUAUACUAACACGAAACAUCAUGUAUGUAUAUCAUAUAUACUUGCAUACGGUAUAAAUUAUGUAUAUAUCAUAGGUACUAUGACAAAAGAACCAUAUAAAGCUUUUUAUAACAAAAAAUACAGUACGAUAUGUCAACCUCCUUUUUCAGAGGCUUGAAACUUUCAUAUAUAUCUUGAACCAAAAAAGUCCAGAUUAGUGGUACUAGAGGCCCUUUAAGGACUCCUGAUUGGUGAAAAGUGUGUUAAGAGAAACAUAAAGAACUAUAGGCACUGAUAUUUAUUCCUCGCUUCAUAUUUGAAUGAGAAAUGGAGUCGGAUCCCCGUUUUAUUUUAUUUUUUAGCAAAUUUUUUCCUGUCUGCAGUUGCCACAGGAGGUGCAGUGCAUUGUGUUUUGUAUUUACUCAUUCCCACUGUGGCACGGUCAUGUCUGUCGCUUCUUUUCUUGAAUUCUUGCCAGAAUUAGAAAUAGUUCAUGUUCAAUGGGUGAGUAAUAACACGACAGGUUACACAAAUGACAUGUUUCAAGACCUAAACCCUUUUAUCUAUUCAUUACCGGUGUAACACGAAUGUGACUAAUGCCUUUUAUAGCUGUAAAUCAGAGGAACACGUUUAUUUUACCGUAGAGGAGAAAUGCAUUCAAAGAGCCAUAGUGAGAAGAACUGGGGGUUGAGUUUUUAUUUUGUUCCUUUUGAAACCCACCGGUGCUCACCUGGUGAAGAAGCAAUAGAAGACUGUUGUUACAAUUACUGUGCAUUCAUUAUGGAGCCGGUUCUUCCCUUGGAAGGAGUACUGUAUAAAAAUACUUCAGAUUAGGCAAUAAGAUGUGCUCUGCGGUGCACAAUAUAAUGCUGUUACCGUGGUACUGUGUGUAGUUCUGUUUGUGUGUGUUUGUUUCCGAAUUGUUUUACAACAAGUAACCUUGCAUGCCAUGCAUUACACAUAGCCUUAAAUAUAGUUUCAACGUUUUAACCCCAAUAGAUUGUAUUGCUGUUAUUUUGCAAACUCCUGCGUUUUUAAAAUUGUCUAAAAAGAUGACAACAGCGUGUUUAUCCUGACGGUCUAUGUGUAUUUGUAAGUAUUACGUAGAAUGUGAUGGGUUGAAGUGAUCGGUGGCGUGUGUAAUGUGAUUGUUCGCAACUAGACGUGGCUGCCGGUCUCAAUUGAAAGGUGCUUCAAAUCCACUGUGUACUUCAAAUGAAUGUGUCAGGAAAAGAACUGACUACCUGAUAUCCCUAGCACUUUCAGAUCAUAAGCGAUGGCUGAAAAACGUCCGUGUCUGGUUGCUUUCGAGUCCACGAGUUUUAUUUUUUGCAGGGCUGAUCUAUGCAAUAUGUGUGCUUGUAUAUCAUUUGUUUUUUAGUACUUGUGUUAUUUUGCCCGCAUUUCAAUAAGGAAUUGUUUUAAUAAUAAAAUAACAUUUUAAUGCUGUU